UCCACCAUCAUCACCACCCAAGAAAUCUCCGAGAUUUAAGCUCUGUUUUACAAACACACAAGUAACCAAAUCUCAUUUUAAAGAAACCCUAGUUUCUUUCCAAGGAGAUUCGUUUCCUUGAUAUACACGUUUCCUUCCAAAAUAAUAUUUCUUUGUUCUUCUCCCCUUUGAUUCAUAUUUCUUGAGGUUAUGGCAACGACGUCAAACACGACAAAAGCAAAGGCGGACAACAAUAACCUAACCAGAACAAAAUCUACCGGUCGAAAACCAAAGCAACCUUCAUCGGUAUCAUCAGAAGAUGGAUCUGAUCAGAAGCCUUUACCAAACUAUCUGAAACCAACAAUCAGUUCAAGACCUGACCCAGUCAAGUUCUUGAAGAAGAAUUAUCAGGAUAACCAGAAGCUUCUCCGUAGAAGAUCUUUUGAUCGACCUCCACCUUCUUUGCCUUCUGCUUCUACUCCUUCACCACGUGUCCAAAAAACCCUCAACGCCUCUCCUUCUCUGCCACGAGACAAACCCGCGGUUCCUAGAGAGAAGCCUGCCACAGCUCUACGGUCUUCUUCUUUCCAUGGAUGCAGAGGUGUUCCAAGAGGAAGCACUUCUGUGAAAUCGCCUCAUGUUGCUCCAAAGAAAAGCGGGUUGGGGAGUAGUAGCACUUCUUUGAAGAGCAAAAAGGAAGGUCCUGAACAUGUUGCUGAAAAGAAAGCACCUGAGAAAGAGAUUGCCUUGGAUACUGCUUCAUUGUCAUCUGCUCAGGAAGAUGAAGAGGAGAUUCUCAAGGCUGAGAGUGAUGUACAAGUUGCUGAGGAUGUAGAAGAACCAAAAAAUGAGAAGGAAAAUGAAGAGGUGCAUGUAGAGGUUGUGCAUGUGGAUACUUCUGGUGAAGAGAAUGAGAGUAGUGGAUCAACAUUGGUUGUUCCUGUUGUGGAAGACAUUGUUGUUGAUGUUGCCAAAGAAAAUGAAAGAGAAGAAGAAGAAGAAGAAAGAUUGAUCAAUGAACAUAUCUCAGAAGAGAAAAUAGAGGAAGAGAAAGAAAAAGAGGACAAGGGUGAACUCACUGGAGAGGUUACACCAAAGAUUGAUGGAGAUGAGACUUCAGAGAAGGUCGAUGCCGACAUGAAUACAAAAGAAGUUGAGAAGGUCGAAGAAGUUGAAAGUGUGGAAGAGACUAGGGAAGAAAAAGAAGAAGUGAAAGAAGAAAAAAAAGUGAACAGAGAGGAGAAGGAAGAGGUUAAGGAUGAGGAAAAGGAUAAAGUUAAAGGAGAAACAGGAGAAGGAAAGAAGAGGGAAGUUGUGAAAGGUAAAAAGGAAUCUCCAUCAGCUUACAACGAUGUAAUAGCAAGUAAGAUGCAAGAGAACCCAAGGAAGAACAAAGUUUUGGCUCUUGCUGGGGCUUUUCAAACUGUUAUUGACUAUGAAACUGCCGCAUCUAAGUGAUAUAUGUCCCAAAGAGACACAACAACAACAACAACAACAACAAAAUGUCAUCUCUUUAGCUUUGAAUUGUAUUCUUCUUUCUGUCUAAUUACUAUUUGCCAUUGUUAUAAUUUUUGUGUCGUGGAUUGUAUGCUUUUCGAGUGAAC